CCUACUACCACUGUCUUCCUUUCCGUAUUCUCUACCCGGUGUGAUUCUAUAGUCAUCUGGCAGUUAGGACCAUAAGAGCAUUCCCCGGUGACCGUCGAAGAUGGACCAGUUCAGAUAACUAAACAACCGCCCUUGUUCAUUUGACACUUGUUGCCACCAAUCCUUGCCGCCUCGUCUCCGGGUACCGUGACGCCGCUGUGUGCCAGGGUCCCAUUCACUGCCGCCACUUUCCAACUCUCCCUCCCGUCAGAUACACGCGCUUCCGCUGUACCCUAUCAAUGUUAUAAUGCCUCGCGUGUUUCUCCUAACGAAUCGCCGGUAUGUCAGCGGCAGCAGCCAUCAUCAGCAACAAGAACACACUGGCUUCUUUCCAGACUACAAAGAUAGAGAAGAGAGUGUAACCAUGGAAACACAUUCUGACGACGUUGACAGCGAUAGCAGCUGCUCGAGUCCCUCGGAGAGCCGACUUGAUGUGUCGCCCACCCAUUACUGUAGCAAAGAUUGCAGCGAACACAGUUCCUUCCUGUAUUUUCUCAUUAGUCAAGGAACUCUCAAAACAGACAGUGUUGCCUUUUUUGACCAGGCUGACGGCUCAUUUGACAAGAGUGGAGAGAGCUCUGGGGAUGAGGCGCGACAGGGGAGCUGCGGGGAAGAAACUGACGACUUUCUCCACGGUUCCCCGGACCCCCACGUUUGUGUGGACUGCGGCAAGAGAUACAGCACAUCGAGCAACCUGGCACGUCAUCGCCAAACUCACCGUAGUGUCAACGAUAAGAAAGCUCGUAAAUGUCCGCACUGUGAGAAAGUCUACGUCUCCAUGCCCGCGUACAGCAUGCACGUUCGUACUCACAACCAAGGCUGCGAAUGUCCGUACUGUGGCAAGCGUUUCAGCCGACCAUGGCUGUUACAGGGCCACAUUCGCACCCACACCGGGGAAAAGCCAUUCGCCUGUCCCAAAUGCGGCAAAGCAUUCGCCGACAAGUCCAAUCUUCGGGCACAUAUACAGACGCAUUCCACCGAGAAACCAUACAUCUGUGGGCGUUGUGGGAAGGCAUUUGCACUGAAGAGUUAUCUCUACAAGCACGAAGAAUCCUCGUGCAUGAGGGGACAGCGCUACCGGCCAUAGACACCGACGAAAUCAGUGGACUGACCACCGAGCAGUGGCAAAACAAAACCAGAUGUGCUCCAACCUCCCUGGUUCCAUUUCACAGCAACCACGUGCGACAGGAGAUCUCUAUCUUAUCUUUCAACCGACCACGCUCAAAUGAGGAGAAAGUGCGGAGCGAUCCCUGAGAUUUUAUCUGCCCCUUACAAACUCAAACCAAAUGUAUACACUAAGACAAAGCCUUAUGUACUGAACCUCAAAUAGACUGAAGACCAACACAGUUGGUCUACGAUCAAAAACAAAAAAGCAGCUUAUUUAUGUGCAAUGUUAUAUAAACUGACAGACUUUCAUAUACGUUAGAAAAGAAACAUUACUGUGAAAUCGACAAUCUUAGUGUUGUGAACAUUUUUAUGAGCUUGCCUAUUUUUUUCACAUUCAACGAACGGCCCAGAAGAUCCCUGUUCGUCACGUGGACGCUGAUCACCAUGGGAACGGACCAAUAUCUUCACCCAAGUUCAUCCUCCUUGUUCGCUGAAGCAUGAAUUGCAGAGUUCAUCACCCAUCAAUUGCCUUUAAAUCAUAGUUCCACUCCAUUUCCUCUUGACAAUAUGUCCAUAAACUUCUACCUCCUAAUCCCCUCGUGUAGCCCUUCUCAAACUGCGCUAGAUCGACCUUUUUCUGUGUGGGGUCAAAGCAUACAUUUCUUAUGUCUCGAUGUGUACUUUCCAACUUGAAUCAGCACAUAUAUUUCUUGCAACGUUAAAAUGAUUCAUAUUUCAAUUGGUGUAUACCAUUUGAGUUGCGCACUGUCCCUUUUAUUCCCAUCUAGACCGAUUUAACCCCCUCAAUGAAACUAGACUACAUACGUUAACUCAGUAGGGGACAUGACUACAUUUCACUAAGUGAAAUUUAACUAGUUUUUUUUUUCUCACCGUGGCGAGGGCCUUAUGGAAUGUGACCAUAGUAGUAUACUGUUAUACGUGAUCACCCUCUAGUCUUUAUCCAUCAGACUAAACCACAUGGUUUCCAUUCCAUGACCUUUAAGAAUGGGUCCUGUCUAUGUGUCGUGGGCCAUCUCUUCCUGUUCUAUUUUUUACUAACAGAGCCGUUGGUUUAGUGAGUGAAACUCACAUUGUUUUGUGAAACCAUCGGCAUAUAGAAGGGGUCAAAUCUCACAUCAUCGGAUAAAGUCAUCCAGAGUGAAUUAUUUUUCGGCACCGUUUAUCAUUUUUUAAAAAAGAAAUCUCUUUAAGUGGCCACGUGUCAAAUUCUCCAAGAGACAAUUGUCACGUGACACAGACCAAUUAUCAGCGUGUUUUUCUUUUUCACAGCUGAGAUUUGAUGACUAACACUCGCUGAAACAUUGUCAAAGCAUGUUUACAUUUUUAAUGCAAGAGAAUGUAACCAAUAUUUGAAAACUAACUAUGCAUACGACUAAUUCCCACCGUCUAUGAAAAGCAAAAAUAACCCUUUAUUUAUUGUUAUUUAUUUUAAUGUGUAAGUGAUUUAUUGAAAUGUGUGGAUAGAAACCUCGCACCUGUGUGUAUUUAUGUAUUUAUGACGUGUUUGUGUGCUGUGUAACUUAUUAUUAUUAUUAUGGUGAUGAUUAUUAUUAAUAUAAUUAUGUAGUAUUUAUAAAUGUGUUUGGCUCAUUUGGGGUUCCAUCCAAACUGUGUGGCAUCACGCUUAAUUUAUUUUUGUACAAUCAAUAACUUAUGUCAGUAAAUUAUUUUCUAGUUUAACCGUUCUAGAAAGAAUUGUUUUAUGGAAAUACUUUUUGUAAUAUUUCACGUUUAGACAGUAUUUUGACAGUAUUUCUUUUCGUAAUUUCUGUAACAGUCACUGGUUUUUUUUUUAUAUUUGGUCCAAGAUAUUGCCACAUACUGAUAGUGUAUUGUGCAUUCUGUUAAUGCAAGACGACUUGGCGUUCAAUUUUUGAUGCAGAUCAGUGUAUUCUUUUCAUUUAAUUCAUACGAAAAAGUAUUUCAAUCUCAUUUUACUUUCACCAGAAACAGUUAUUGAAUUUUGUAUUUAUUUAUCUUUGGAGUGUCAUGCGAAUGAGCGAUGGUGUAUUCAAACUGCUGAGUAAUAUAAAAGUAUUAUGCGAUAUGAUAUGAUAUAUUUUACUAUAUGUUGGUUUGACUUUUAAAGUAACAUAUUCAUGUCAUUUUUUUUUGAUCAUGAAAAAAUUAAAUUGAUGUAAUCAAAAAAACUUCACUUAAUCUUUAAAUGUUUAAAAGGGCUAGCUCGUAUACAAUUUUACUGAAGUAAGAUGAUCGAACUAUUCGUUCCACAAUGACAAAGAAAGCUAACAUGUCUUGUUAGUUAUUUUUCAAAAUUUCUGCAGACCUUUUGGCUUACUUAUGAAUGUAGAGUAGAUGCUACAUUUAGCCUGUUAAAACACUAUCCGGGGAUAAUAUACCAAUAUGGUUCGGUUCCCAAGACAUUUAUCCCAGAAACUGUUGUCAUCUAAUAGAAGCUAAUUACGUAAUAUUCUUACUUAUGCUCUGCGCACGCCAGAUGCUCCACUAAGCUGUGUUAUUUUACAUUUUGUAAGGAAAAGUACUUUCCCAUUAUUUAGCCUGAAAAAAGUAUUUUUUAUAUCUCAUAAAUAGCCUCUAAGUUCAGAAAAAAAGGUAAUUUUUUUAAGUCUUGAGGUAUAAAGUUAAGUUUUAAGACCAAAUCAAGUUUAUCUCCAGCCUUUUGCAAAAGUCUGUUUAUUUAGUUCUUGCCGUUAAUCUGAUGUGACUGCCAUAGGCAGGGAAUUAAAUUGAGAUUUAAUCGUCUCGUAUACGGUUAUGUCACUCAGAAGUCACCAGUAGUGUUUUUAACUGCUGAUGUUAGCAUUUCCUUUCUGGUUUGAAGUUAUCUGUCUUGCAGAAUUUAUCUACGACUAGCAACUGAAUGCUACGAUGAAAUAAAGUUUGACAGCAUCG